CCGGCGGGGCCCGCGCGUAGCGCCCCGCCCGCCCCCGCCAUGGAGACCGACAAGAGAAGAACUAAAGAAGAUACUUGGAAAUCAGAAGAACUUAAGAAACAUCUUAGGGCAUCACAGUCAGAUAGUCAAAAUGAAGACAAAAAGCACCGAGAAAAGAAACUGCAGCGGGAAAAGAAUGUUCAUGACACAGAUGCUCAUAAAUAUGAACACAAAGACAGAGAGAAGAGCAAAGAAAGAACAAGAGAAAGAGAGAGAUUUAAAUCUAGCGAAAGAGACAGGGAUAAGAUGAGAGAGAGAGAAAGGGGAAAAGAACACCACAAAGAACGAGACAGAGAGAGCUACAAGGAUAAAGUUCGAGAAUCAGGUUUGGGGAAGGAAAGGUACAUCGUAAGAAAAGAUAAAGACCAGGAAAAUGAGGGAGAAGAAGAGAAAACGCAUAAAAGGCAUGAGAUGAAGCAAAUACACGUGCAAAAUAAUCUGAAAUCAUUUGAAGUAAGAGAUAAAGAACAUCACAGAAGAAGAGAAAGCAGGCAUCAUUUUGAAGAAGAGAAAAAAAGAGUUGAAGGACAAGAAAGAAGACAUAAAGGAAUGAAGGAUAAUUAUACCAAAAAUAGCACUGGCAAAUAUUUAGUAUACAAAGGUGAAGAAAGUGAACAUGGACAAAAGUUACAGAAAGAGGAAGAGGCAGAUCAAGGGAGAGAAAAGAGACACAGAAUAAAAAAAGAACAUUCUAUUAAUCCAGGAAAAGAGAGUUUUUCAAAAGAGAGAGUUCAUAAACUUCAUAAACUGUUUGAAAAGGAAGAUGAAGAAAAACAUAAAUCAAAGAGAUCUAAAGAGGGAUCUUCCCAUGGAGACAGAGAAAGACAACCAGCAGAGAUGAAUGAAAGAGUAAAAAGUGAAGAAAGUGGAAGAAAGAAAUAUGAUCUUAAGAGCAAUGAAUACAAAAAACAGGAGGGGAUUCAGCAGCAAGAAAGGGAAACAAGCCAUCAGCAUAUAAGGAGUGUAAAAGAUAAAGGAAAAAAUGAUGGAAAAGAAAAAAAGGACACAAAACAAGUGGAGAGAAAAGAUACCCAUAUCUAUAACUCAGAUACAGAGUUUGAUAACUUUUUGACAAAUUAUGAAGAUGAUUUUGAAGAUUAUGAAGAUGAUUUUGAUAACAAUGAUGAAAACAAAAGUGGUGAAGAAAGAGCUGUAGAAGAAAAACCAAGAGAGAGUUCUAUUUCCAAAACAUCAGAAUUUGAAGAAAUUCAAAGAGCAAUUAAUGCAGAAAAUGAUAGAGUUUUUACUUCACUGCCAAAGAAAAUCAAAAAUGAAAAAAAGGAACCAGUCAUGGAAAGGCAAUAUCCUCCUGCCAGUAGCUCUUUUUGUGGAAUAUUCAUGGAUUUUGCAAUGGCAAACCAACGACAAAGUAGCCAAAGCGUGGUUAGUAAGCAAAAAAAACGAACUUCAGAACUUCUCCAGCUAAUUGAUCUGGACUUCUCAGUUAGUUUUACUUUACUGGAUUUGCCUCCUAUAAAUGAGUACGACCUGUAUAUCAGGAAUUUUGGUAAAAUGAACACUAAACAGGCUUAUGUUCAGUAUAAUGAGGAAAAUAUUGAGAGAGACAUUCAGACUGAGGAGGUUGAGACAUUGGAGAAAUGGACACAGCAUCCAGGAGAAAGUGCCCUUGUGUCCGGAGGUCCUAUAAACAACCAGGAGAUGUCAGUGAAUAGUGCUCGAACACCUAAAAUUGAUUCGCAAAGAUUAGCAAAUUUUCUCCGGUCUGCUUGCCAGGUGAUCGCUGUUUUGCUAGAGGAAGAUCGAGUUGCAACACAACCCAGGUGGAAACUAAGAUCUCGACAAACCAGUCUGUCUAUUAGUGAUAGCUGUUUCCAGUUAAAUACUAACCAGCCAUUCCUCCAUGACCGAAAAAUAUCCUGCCUGUGCGUCUCUCAAGUUCAGAGGCAGAUGCUACUUUCUGCUCAUGGAUUACCUGAGAAGGCAGGUGUUACUUUACUGAACAGAAAGAGCAUCAUAUGUGUCUGGAAUGUCUGGCAGCCUUCUAGCCCUCAGAAAGUUUUAAUAUGUGACUCAGAGGUGCUAAGUUGUUGCAUUAGUCCCAGUAAAACAACAUUAGUGUUCGCUGGAACAAUAGAUGGUUCAUUGUUGGUGUGGGAUCUUCGGGAAGACUCAAGAAUGCACCCUCAUAUGAUGUUCAGUGGAACUGACUGGGCAUUUAGAGUUCCAACGUUUUCUACUGAUGGUAUUUUAAACUCAGUAAACCAUACCUCUUCUAUACUAGCAGUGGAACCUGUCUUAACUUCUCUCUACACUGAGCAGAAUUACGGGCUCUCAAGCCUCUCUUAUCUGGAGGAAAUGUCAGGCUGUCCGUUCCAGAUAGCUUCAAUGGAUGAAAAUGGAAUCCUCAAUAUAUGGGUAGUUGUUGAAUUGCAAAAAGUUGAUUUAGCUGGUUCACAGAGUGAUUUAGGUUUAAUUCCUGGAGGGAAAGUGAAGUUAGUACAUAGUUCUACAAUAGAAUUGAAUAGCAGCCUUUUCCCAAAGGAUAUGUGCCUGAGAAUGCCACAAACACUGACAAUUAAGUUUCUCUCUUCUAAUUCUAAUCAUUUCAUUGUUGGAACAAACAUUGGCCUGGUAGGCCAUGGUACAAGACACAAUUUGAAAGUUCCUCCAAAGCUAUUCAGACCCCAGCAAAGUGGACUAAGAUCAAUAAGUGUGAAUGCAAUUGAUUUCUCCCCAUUUGGAAAGCCACUAUUUCUGGUUGGCUGUUCUGAUGGAAGUAUUAGAUUGCACCAAAUGACAUCAGAGUAUCCCCUCAUGCAGUGGAAUGACAGCACAAAUGGCCAGCCAGUUAUUGCCCUGCAGUGGGCUUUAACACGACCUGCUGUGUUUUUUGUCCUGGACGCAUCAUCUAAUAUUUAUAUUUGGGAUCUUCUGGAAAAUGAUUUGUUGCCUGUGGCAAAGCAGGCUAUUCCAUCAGAUAAUGUUGUAACUAUGGCUAUACUGGGAGAACCAGAAAAAACAACUGGUCUCUUAGGAAUUGCACUGGCCAAAGAAUCUGGACUGAUAGACAUUCAAUAUGUAAAGAAGAAGUGGGCAUUACCUCAGCCUGGGGAAUCUGAAAAACUACAUUUGCUUUUAUUGCAAUCCUUUUAGAAACAGGACACCUUUCUGAGUGUACAGAUUAUUGCAAAAUAUUUAGAUGAUUUUGACUGUAAUUAAAAGAUUUGUAAUGUAAUUUUGUAUUUGUAUAUACUUUGCAUAUAUUUUAAAGUGUAUCAGUACCAUAUUUCAGCUGAAAGAUAUUUUUUAUUAAAAUUGCAGAAACAAAUUUAGCAAUAUUGUGCUCAAAAAGAUGAAUUGUACUUCAUUAUUGAAAGGAUUCUAGAUGUGUAUAUUUAAGAAAAAAUACUGAAAAUACAUUCGUAUAAAUUUCAA